UCGCCUCGUGUUUUCGGUUGCGAGGCGGCUCGCUCGUUCUGCGAUCUAUUGAGAGUGGCUUCCGACAGCCCUGAGUUGAUGUCGGGGAGGGAGGGAAGAUGGCUGCCGUGGCGGCGGGCGGCCUGGUGGGAAAGGGGCGCGACAUCAGCCUGGCCGCCCUGCAGCGCCACGACCCCUAUAUCAACCGCAUCGUGGACGUGGCCAGCCAGGUGGCUCUGUACACUUUCGGCCAUCGGGCCAACGAGUGGGAAAAGACUGAUGUGGAAGGAACCUUAUUUGUUUACACAAGGUCUGCUUCUCCAAAGCAUGGGUUCACCAUUAUGAAUAGGUUGAGCAUGGAAAACAGGACAGAACCCAUUACUAAAGACCUGGAUUUCCAGCUCCAGGAUCCUUUCCUUCUCUACAGAAAUGCCAGAUUGUCCAUUUAUGGGAUUUGGUUUUACGAUAAAGAAGAAUGCCAAAGAAUUGCAGAGCUUAUGAAAAACCUAACUCAAUAUGAACAGUUGAAAGCCCAUCAGGGAGGUGGAACAGGAAACUCCCCAAUGAUCCUCAAUUCAGGAGAGGGCAAGGAAGUAGAUAUCGUACGAAUGCUCACCAAGGCCAAAGAUGAAUACACCAAGUGUAAAACCUGUUCUGAACCAAAACAGAUAACCAGUUCAUCUGCCAUCUAUGACAACCCCAAUCUCAUCAAACCAAUUCCAGUGAAGCCCAGUGAAAACCAGCAACAGCGCAUACCUCGACCCAGCCAGACCGUAGACCCCGAGCCCCAGCACUUGUCCUUGACAGCUCUCUUUGGGAAGCAGGACAAGUCUCCGUGUCAGGAGACCGUGGGGUCCCCACAGACCAUCCAGCAGCUGCAGCGGCAGGAGCCACUUCCCAUGAGGCAGGGAGUUGUACGCUCCCUCUCCUAUGAGGAACCCAGAAGACACUCACCCCCCAUCGAGAAGCAGCUCUGUCCAGCCAUUCAGAAACUCAUGGUCAGGAGCGCAGACCUCCACCCGUUGUCAGAGCUGCCUGAAAACCGGCCCUGCAGAAAUGGCAAUACCCAUUCUGCGGGGGAGGUUUUUCUGGGACCUGUGCAACCAGGGUCUCCCCAUAGCAUUGGGACUUCUCAGCGUGUACAAAGUGCUUCCAGAACUCAGAGCCUUUUGGAGAAGCUUCAGAAUGCCCCGAGGCCAGCACAUAAGUAUGACCCUAGCACUCCAGCACCUGCCAGCUCAGCUGCCCCGAACCUCAGCACCGCUCUCGCCACUGCCACCCCUGGUGCCCCAGUAAAGGGGCUGGCUCAGGCGCAGGCGGGGUAUUUCAGUGCCUCCCUUCCAGCUCCGACACUAGGACAUCAGGCUUGUGGAAAGGAGCCGUCGGCACACCCAAGACCCGCGCUCCCCCACUCUGGCAGUCAGACUGGCAGUUCUGGGGUGAUCUCCCCCCAGGAGUUACUGAAGAAGCUCCAGGUCGUACAGCAGGAGCAGCAGCUGCACGCACCGAACCGGCCGGCCUUGGCAGCCAAGUUUCCGGUGGUGACUCAGAGCUCCAGAGCAGGGCAAGCCCUGGAGUCCUGGAUGGACAAGACAGCUGGCACAGAAAAGCAGACCCCUCUUUUUCAGGCCACCUCGCCUCCGCACGUCCCGGCCCCAUGGGCUCCUUCUCUGCUCAUGUCCCCCAUGGUGUUCACACAACCCACCUGCGCCCCACCGAAGGAGCGGGAUGGUGGGCUCUUGCCCCUGGGAAGCCAAGAACCAGCUGCCACUUCCACCAGCCUCCUCCUGCCUCUGCCGACCCCGGAGCCCCCCGUGAUCACCAGCAGCCCACUUACCAAGAGACAACUGCAGGAAGCACUGCUGUACCUCAUUCAGAGACAAGGAAACUGAGGCUACGUGACAGGCCUGAGGUCACAGCUAGUAAACAUCAGAGCUAGGCUUCAACCCCAGGCUGGCUGCAGAAUGCUCCUUCCCUGCAGGAGUAACAGGAGUGGGAGGGGCGGCCCCAGGAGGCAGGUUGGCCAACCACCUAGGGAAGCACACCCGGAAAAUAUAUGCGAGGCCUUGAAAAGGGGGGCACUGUCAUCCAGACAGACUUCAAGCACCUCAGAGUCGGGUAUCUUUUUGAUAGAAUCUUUACGAUAAUUUUCGUGGUACUUUGCUUAAGCUCUAGCAGACUUCCGGAGUGCUGGCUUGCAGACUUCCGGAGUGCUGGCUAGCACUCUGCAGUUGUCUCAUCCUGGUUGAAAAGACAGCAGUCUCUAUUCUUAAAAACGUUUUUUUAAAGGUCGCAUAUUUUAGAGAGAAGGGAAGGAGCAGGGGCUAGAAACGAGCGUCUACAUGUGAAAGCAGAUUAGCAGUCCGCUAAAGAUCAACCACAAAUGAGUGGGCCAUACUAAGUCAUGAACAAAUAUUAGGAUAAAAGUAUUUCCCACCUUGUCAACCCAUUCGUGAUAAGUUUGUGAGGACUUAGGACAUCUUUAAACUUCUUUUUUUUAUGAGCAAUAAAGGAAAAAACCCUAAAUUUGAAUUGAAAAGUUUCACAUUUUUCUGGUUCAUUGCAUUUCAAAAACAUGGCUCCAUAGAUCUUUGUACAGGAGCCAAGACUCUGGAAGUCUAGAGCAGGUCCUGUCUAUUGCUAGGUAGAAAAUUACAUUUAUGUUCCCUCCACUCUCUGCAUCACGCUUUACUUUCCCCCAUGUUGUAGACAUCAUCUUCCUGAUGAACUCUUGGAAGUCACUCACGCAAUCUGUUUUUAGCCUUUGCCUGUUGGUAGGACACAAUCUCAUGCACUGGGACUUUGUGGGAUAAGGAAAAACUGGGAUAACAUCACUGUCUUUCAUUGCAUGAGAAUAAUGCUAGCUCUGUGCGUGGGGUGCCAAGAGGGAAUGAAGGGGGAAUGUGAAAUGUGGGUGAAUUGCUAAAGCUUUAAAGGAUUUGAGUGGGAGGUAGAAGUCUCUAGAAUUAAAAACCAAGAGCACCACUGUUUAGCCAUGAUUCUCCCUCAGCCCUUAGCUAGGCAGGAGGCCCAGAGACUACCAGUCUCACGGCUGCCCACUUGCCAAGACCAAAAACUUGCUGUAACUCAUGGAAGAAUUAGGCUGGUUUUGAUGGUAUAAAUGCAGCAUCUUGCAAAUAAAUCGUAACUAAUGCCAAAGGCAAAGUAUACACAUCGCGGGAGACUUGGGAGGACCUUUAAGAAACAACAGCAAUCGCUUAACCAAACUUCGAGAACCCCUGAUCUGGAUCAUUGCCUCCCAAUCCAGCCUUCUGUUAGGACCUGUGUCUUUUCACACAACAGACCCAGGCUCUUCUUGAGUGAACCUCAUUCCACUCUGCCACGUGGCUGGGCCGCCCAUCUGGACUAUAUGUAAUGAGCACUUGGUGCUUCUCAUAUUGACUGUUGGAAACCAGCGGCUGACUCUGGCACUUGCCUCCAAUCCCACUUAACAUUCACAUAUUCAGGGCGCCUGGGUGGCUCAGAUGGUUAAGCGUCUGCCCUUGGCUCAGGUCAUGAUCCCAGGGUCCUGGGAUCGAGUUCCACAUUGGGCUCCCAGGUCAGCAGGGAGUCUGCUCCCUUUCCCUCUGCCUUUCUCCUCCACUCAUUCUCUCUCUCUAAAAUGAAUAAAUAAAGUCUUUUUUAAAAAAUUCACAUAUGCAGUGAAGAGCUACCUGCCGUUGGAGCAGACAGGUGGAGAGGAGCGCCCUAGCGUCAGCGCACCAGUUCAGCUCCUUGGGUUUCUGCCGACCAAAUCACAUCCUUGG